AUGAUGUGUAAUAUCUUGAAUGUUUAUCAGCAGCAGCCGAAGUACCAACGGCAACAGCAAGCAUUGUUACUUGAUGAAGCUCGUUUUCCACCCCAAGUUAUAAGAUCAUCGAUGUUGAUUGUAAAAUUGGGCGUAGAAUAUUGUGCAGCACUUCAUUUCACGAGAUUAUCUCAAAUUGGAUGCUUCAAUUUAAAAUUACUUUGUACGUUUCACGUCUUUUUGACGUUUCAACGUUUCUUCAUAAAUGUUUCUUCAUAA